AUGCCAUCAUGGCCACGCUCAGGAGGUAGCCGCGGGCCAGAGGAUGAUUCGCGGCUCUCAGGCAGCGGCGACUUCAAGGAAGCCAGCAGCUCGGGUCUGUCGGAGCAAGGAGGCAUAGAAGCGUCGCCCAAUCUGGUCGCCUUCUCGCCAGCGUGGUCUCCCUCACCUUCUCCGGCUCUGUCAGCAUACACAUCUUCCUCGACCGACUCUUCCGAUUACGACUCAGAGCUGGCGUCUUUAUCUUUGGAUGACUGGCCCACGCAUACGCAGGGACCGAGGGAUGCGAAUGCAGGCGGAAGCACCAGCAGCCGUUACGCCUUUCCAGGCCGAUCACUUCCACCACACGCUUCCAGAGACGGUAUGAGCGGAGCAGCAACGCCAGUCCCUGGCUCCGAAUCGCGUACUCCUUGGUCACGCUCGACCGACGCCUCAGACAGAAGCGCUGCGUCUCAGCCCGAUGAUGACGGUCUGGACGAAGCCAUCGUAGACGAGCUUGAGGGUGAGGGACAAGGGUUCGAUGUGCAAGAUGAGGAUGAGGAAGACAUGCACGCGAGUGGGGUUCCGGCAGCACGAGGAUGGAAAUUGACCGCCAGGGAAUUCGAUACCCCUGCAUUCCGCAAGAAAGUGCUGGACAUGUUCAGCAAAGAACUGAAGCUGGGCGGCUGGGCGGAAAGUGACGUCCAUCCCGCGCUCCUGCCAUUACGACGAGAGAGCCUCGGGCUCAAGCGGGUCAGCGGCGCAUUCUCGAACGUGGUCAUCUUUGCGUCCUACAAGGUCAGCGAUGAAGACAGGCGCAGGGCUGGUGCAGACAGUGAAGCGUUGAUCGGUCCACCAACGGUCUUGCUGCGCAUAUACGGUACUGCGACCGAGGUGCUCUUGAGUAGGCGUGCAGAACUUUUGAUUUUGCACACCUUGUCUAGCUUGUACGAGAUCGGACCGCAUAUUCUUGGUACAUUUGCGAAUGGCCGCGUGGAAGAAUUUUUUGACUGUGUACCGAUCGGCAAGUCCGGAAUGCGAGACCUAGGCGAUCGGACCGAAACCAUUGGCGAGGAUGGGAGCUUGCUGCUCAGGGGCAAGGAAGGUCCCUCGCAAUGGGCUGCUCGACGCAUGCGUGAGCUGCACGAAGUGCCGCUCGAUCCUAUUCGCACAGUGCUAGAGCAGGGCGACCUUCACGUUCCAAGCGAGAAGGGGUUCGGUCGCGGCAUUGAGAGAGGUCUUUUCGCACGUAGCCACAGGCCUCGUCGACCGUCCGCGAUCCCUCAUCAGCAAUCCGCAAGAUCUGCCGCUAAUGUCUCGGCCAACCUCGGUCAGGGAUCCGGAAGCUUUCAACCUUCGGCUGCAAGCUCUCAGCAACGUCUCAUGAGGGACAGUCCUGCACCUAUGACGCCCAAAGACGAGGUUCCACCUGCGCAGGCCUCUUCCAUCACCGACGCUGCCGCUACGGGUGCUCGAGCUCAGGCUCUGGAGAUGCGUGGCAGGCUCCCGCAACAUCGCAACAACAGUGUGACCUCUUUCGACUCUUUGGCAACGUCAUUUUCGAGCACUGCAUCGACCUCUAGCUUGGACAAUUAUCCUUUAAAGUCGCCCGCCUUGCGUGCAGACUCCUACACCGAUUCUGUGAAUGCGGCACGGCGUGGAAGUGCCAUGUCGGGCGAGGCGUAUUCGCAUCAGUCUUCAGGCCAUCGCGCCCACAGCAGGCAGCGGACCGGAUCUCACUCUCGAGAUCCGUACCCGGGUGUGUGGCGGCGGACCAAGCGGUGGUCUAGAGAGGCAGCAAAGGUGCUCGCUAUUGUGGACGAGUUUGCUCGCUCGCCAGAAGGGCGUGCCGCGUGUGCUGCAGCUCUGCGGAAUUGCCCAUACCAAUUGAGCGCAUCACUUCCAGGCGCUGCCUGCGAGAAUGGAGGCGAGCUCGCUCCGAUGGAUGGUAGCAAGCCUGUGCCGACCUCUCUCAACAUUGGUCCCGUCUCCUCUCUUCGGACUUUGUUGCUCGCCAUCUCAGCUAUAGAUCUUCAGCGCCUGGUCUUGGAAAUGGACGCAUUCAAACGAUACACACGCGCGUGGGAAAGGCGCGAAGGCCACAGUCGACGAGUGCUGACGCACGGAGAUACGCAGUACGGCAAUCUGCUCAUUCGAAAAGAGAUGAAUCCAAAUAGACCUGUGGCGUCCGGCAUGCCUAGGAUCAGAGCAGCCGAAGACGCAGCUUCGCCAUUGGGUGGCGCCGCUCAGCCUAGAUCAAGAUCACGCUCCCGAAAGAAUCUAGUGCCACACGAACGUUUGGUGGUCAUUGAUAUGGAGUACCUCAACCACGGACCGCGGGCUUAUGACAUCGCAAACAUGUUUGUUGAGAUGGGGGCCGAUUAUGACCACCCUACUGACUCUUGGAACAUGACAGCCAAUGGACCGUAUCCCUCCACCGAGAUGCGGCGACGAUGGCUUCGGGCGUACGCAGAACAGGGGCGUCUCAUGCGCAUGCGAGGCAAAACUCCUAAAUUGCCAAGCGCUACCACGUCUACAGCAGAUGUGCCAGCCUUGGCCCCGUUGCCACCCUCUGCCAUCUCAAGCAGCGCAGGCGAAUCGACAUCACGCUUGGGAUCGGGCGACUCCUUGACGGACGGUCAAGCGACUCCGGGCACUCAACAGCAAAUCAAGGCGCUGGAAAAGUCCAAUGGACAGACGCAGGCAAGCAGAUCAAGCAUCGACACGGUUAACUCUGACCACGAUCAGCCUGCAUCAGCGCUCAGUCCCAUUUCGGCCUUCGGAUCACUCAAGGACGCUGGGCCGCUAGAGGCUGUCAAGUCCCCGGCGAUGAACGCGCGUUCUCCACAAAUACACGCGCAAAGUGCGUUGGUCCGCCUCGAUGCAAGCUUGGAGCGCGAGGUGGAUCGUCUCGAGCGGGAAGUCAAAGUGUGGCUCCCCGCCUGCCAUGCCGUUUGGGCCCUCUGGGGCAUCACGUUCUCUCGAGAGCGCGUCGAAGGGCUGCUGCAGACUGUCAAGGAGCGCGUCAGAGAACACUGGGACGAUGGCACCGAGAUCGGUCAUCGGUCUACGGACGCAUGCAUCGUGGGCGCUGUAGCUCACACACCAUUGGUAGGGCCGGGCUGCAGCGAAAGCUUCGAUAACCUGCGCUACGCGCUCGGCCGCGUAGAAAUGUUCCGCAAGACCAUCUCGAACCUUGGGAUCGUGGUUGCUUGA